AACAAAGCACAGCGCUCAGUAAGCCACCUUUCUACCUCUCUCCCUGCUGGAAAGCACCAGGAAGAGCUACACAGGGUAGACAUGGAUGAGGACAAAGGCAAGAGAGACUCCAUCCAAAUGAGUUUGAAGGGAUGCCGGACCAAUAACGGGUUUGUCCAAAAUGAAGACAUUCCGGAACAGGACCCAGACCCAGGCUCCAGGGAUACCCCACAGCCCAACGCCGUGAGUAUCCCUGCUCCAGAGGAGCCUCACCUAAAGGCGGUGCGGCCCUAUGCAGGGAUGCCCAAGGAAGUACUCUUCCAGUUCUCCGGCCAGGCUCGCUACCGGGUGCCCCGAGAGAUCCUCUUCUGGCUCACCGUGGUUUCCGUGUUCCUGCUCAUUGGAGCCACCAUAGCCAUCAUCAUCAUCUCUCCAAAAUGCCUUGACUGGUGGCAGGCAGGUCCCAUAUACCAGAUCUAUCCGAGAUCUUUUAAGGACAGUGACAAGGAUGGGAAUGGAGACCUGAAAGGUAUCCAGGAGAAGCUGGACUAUAUCACUGCUCUAAAUAUAAAAACUCUUUGGAUCACUUCCUUUUAUAAAUCAUCUUUGAAAGACUUCAGAUACGCUGUUGAGGAUUUCAAAGAAAUUGACCCUAUUUUUGGAACAAUGAAAGAUUUUGAGAAUUUGGUUGCUGCCAUCCAUGACAAAGGUUUAAAAUUAAUAAUUGAUUUCAUACCAAACCACACCAGUGACAAACAUCCUUGGUUCCAAUCGAGUAGGACACGGAGCGGAAAAUACACCGAUUACUACAUCUGGCACAACUGUACCCAUGUCAACGGUGUAACCACCCCUCCCAACAACUGGCUGAGUGUGUAUGGAAACUCCAGCUGGCACUUUGAUGAAGUACGAAAGCAAUGUUAUUUUCACCAGUUUUUGAAAGAGCAACCAGAUUUAAAUUUCCGAAAUCCUGCUGUUCAAGAGGAAAUAAAGGAAAUAAUAAAGUUCUGGCUCUCCAAGGGUGUUGAUGGGUUUAGUUUCGAUGCAGUUAAAUUUCUUCUGGAAGCGAAGGAUCUGAGAAAUGAAAUCCAAGUGAAUUCAUCCCAAAUUCCGGACACGGUGACCCAAUACUCAGAGCUGUACCAUGACUUCACCACUACUCAGGUGGGAAUGCAUGACAUCGUCCGAGACUUCCGGCAGACCAUGAACCAGUACAGCAGGGAGCCUGGCAGAUACCGGUUCAUGGGGGCCGAAGCCUCAUCUGAGAGCAUCGAGAGGACCAUGAUGUACUAUGGCUUGCCAUUUAUCCAGGAAGCCGACUUUCCUUUCAACAAGUACUUCACCACAAUAGGCACUCUCUCUGGGCAUACUGUAUAUGAAGUUAUCACAUCCUGGAUGGAAAACAUGCCUGAAGGAAAAUGGCCCAAUUGGAUGACUGGCGGACCGGAGACUCCUCGGCUGACUUCUCGAGUAGGGAGUGAGUAUGUCAACGCCAUGAACAUGCUCCUGUUCACACUCCCGGGAACGCCCAUCACUUACUAUGGAGAAGAAAUCGGGAUGGGAGACAUUUCCGUUACAAACUUCAACGAGAGCUAUGAUAGCACUACCCUUCUCUCCAAGUCACCGAUGCAGUGGGACAAUAGUUCAAACGCUGGGUUUACUGAGGCCAACCACACCUGGCUACCCACAAACUCUGACUACCACACCGUCAAUGUGGAUGUCCAAAAGACCCAGCCAAGCUCAGCACUGAGGCUGUAUCAGGAUUUGAGUCUACUCCAUGCUACAGAGCUGGUUCUCAGCAGGGGCUGGUUUUGCCUCUUGAGAGACGACAGUCACUCUGUUGUGUACACAAGAGAGCUGGACGGCAUAGAUAAAGUCUUCCUUGUGGUUCUGAAUUUUGGAGAAUCAUCAACUGUGCUAAAUCUACAGGAGAUCAUUUCAGAUCUUCCUACAGAACUGAGAAUAAGGUUAAGUACCAACUCAGCCUCCAGAGGCAGUGAUGUUGACACCCGUGCCAUUUCCCUGGAGAAGGGAGAGGGCCUGGUCUUGGAGCACAGCAUGAAGGCUCCCCUCCAUCAGCAGGCCGCUUUCAGAGACAGUUGCUUUGUUUCCAAUCGGGCGUGCUACUCCAGUGCACUGGACAUCCUCUAUAGCUCGUGUUAGGAAGGAAGCUCCCUAAGAGAUGGCCACCCAAAACGUCACGUACGCACAGGGCUGAGCAGACUCAUGAAUGGCAUCAAUUCUUUGAUAUUUCUGUAGCACAAAUGCACUGUUUUAAGUAAGAGUCUUAAAUGUUUGAAAGAACAAUAAAAUGUUUAAAAGAUUA